CAGCGCCGAGCACGACAAGCAACUUUAACUUUUCACCGAAAUAAGACGAGAAGGCAUCUACCGAGGGAUUGGAGAUCUGCGGGGCUUGACUCAUCCAUAAAAGUGGCUGAAAACCCUUAAAACACAGCUGGCUGCUACUGUCAGACCGCAUUGGAGGACAAUCAACUACAACUGCUGCUGCCGCUGCUGGUGUGUUUUGUGUGGUGUGGACUUUCUCACAUUGCGGUGGACACACAUACGGGAGCUUGCAUGCUCAGUUGUGACCCCCCCUCCCCUCCUACCUCUCUGGCCGGCACAUACGUACGAGCACUGAGAGGGAGAGGCGGUUUGUGAGUGGCCGAUCCUGUCCUGUGGAGCGAACUGAAGAGGGGAGAAGAGACGAGUGGAGCUGCAGACUCUACCAUGCCAGUGCAGGGAGAAAGGCUGAAGCGCUGUCUCUCUCUCUGUCUCUGGAGCCGGAGUCCUCUGCUGUUGCUUGGACUGUUCUCUCUGCACGGACAAGCACACGGCAACAUAUUGGACAGUAUGCUGCUAAGAGCAUCCAAUAAGGAGGCAGUAGAGAGUGGGAAGGAGAUCAGUGGCAGCAUAGCUCCUGCUUCAUCCUCCCAAAGGCUACUGUGGUGUCACUGUAAUCACCACUGCCCUGAAGAUUCAACCAAUAACACAUGCAGGACGGACGGCUACUGUUUUACCAUGGUAGAAGAGGAGGGAGGGGUCCCGGUCCUAACUGCAGGAUGCUUAGGGCUGGUCGGAUCAGAGUUUCAGUGUCGGGACACAUCAAACUCUCGUCAGAGGCGAUCCCUAGAAUGUUGUACAGACCAAGAUUACUGUAACAGAAACCUGCAUCCUACACUGCCACCCCUCAAACCACCUAUCUACGUAGAUGGAAAGAUCCACCACAUGGCUUUGCUGAUCUCAGUCACUGUUUGCAGCAUAAUACUGGCUCUCAUUAUCAUCUUCUGCUACUUCAGGUAUAAGCGUCAAGAGUCUCGUCCACGUUACAGUAUUGGACUGGAGCAGGACGAGACCUACAUUCCCCCAGGAGAGUCUCUGAAGGACCUCAUAGAGCAGUCGCAAAGCUCAGGCUCAGGCUCAGGGCUCCCUCUAUUGGUGCAGAGAACAAUAGCCAAGCAGAUUCAGAUGGUGAAGCAGAUCGGAAAGGGGAGGUACGGCGAGGUGUGGAUGGGCAGGUGGAGGGGAGAAAAAGUUGCCGUUAAAGUAUUCUUUACCACAGAGGAGGCCAGCUGGUUCAGAGAGACCGAGAUCUACCAGACUGUCCUGAUGAGACAUGAGAACAUACUGGGCUUCAUCGCUGCAGAUAUCAAAGGGACUGGCUCUUGGACUCAGCUCUACCUGAUCACAGACUACCACGAAAACGGCUCUUUGUAUGAUUACCUCAAGUCAACAACUCUAGACAAUAAAGCCAUGCUGCGAUUGGCUUACUCUUCUGUGUCAGGCCUUUGUCACCUCCACACUGAGAUCUUUGGUACACAGGGCAAACCCGCAAUUGCUCACAGGGAUCUGAAGAGUAAGAACAUACUGGUGAAAAGAAAUGGGACCUGUUGUAUAGCUGACCUAGGACUGGCCGUCAAGUUCAUCAGUGACACCAACGAGGUAGACAUCCCCCCCAACACCAGGGUCGGCACGAAGCGCUACAUGCCUCCGGAGGUUCUCGACGAAACUCUGAACAGAAGCCACUUUCAGUCGUACAUCAUGGCCGAUAUCUACAGCUUUGGGCUCAUUCUAUGGGAGAUCGCUCGCCGUUGUGUCUCAGGAGGGAUUCUGGAAGAGUACCAGCUACCCUACCACGACUUGGUCCCUACAGACCCUUCAUAUGAAGACAUGAGAGAGGUGGUCUGCAUCAAGAGACUACGGCCAUCAUUCCCGAAUCGAUGGACCAGCGAUGAGUGUUUGAGACAGAUGGGGAAACUGAUGACAGAAUGCUGGGCCCACAAUCCAGCCUCCCGACUCACAGCGCUACGGGUCAAAAAGACACUUGCCAAAAUGUCAGAAUCACAGGAUAUCAAGCUGUGAGAUACACAUAGAGAGGGCACUAACAAUCACACUGGCUCUAGUCCAGGAUGCACAAUCUUUUUCGCUGGGAAAAGGAGUUGAACAGGGAGCAAGAAAAUCACCUGAUGAUCAUGAACGUCGAGUCCAAACGCCCGGAGCUCUGCAACCCAUGCCCUCCCUUGAAAAUGUGUUACAGGACCAAGGUGCUUAGUGAAAACAAAUGAGAAAAUUAUAAUAAUGAUGAUAAAAAUGGAUUAUUCUGUCAUCCAAGGUUAUAAAUUUAGGAAAUAAUUUUAAUUUCAGACUAGUUUAAGGACUCUAAAAUCCAUCGCAGGCUCCUGUUCACAUGCUCCAAAGGCCUUGGAGGACCACUGUAGCUGCAGAAAAACGCAAACAGGCUACUGACCAGUGUGUGGAAUACUAUAUCACUGCUUUCUGUGAAAGCUACCCUACCUGUAGAUGAAGGUCUGUGAUUGAUAGAAUGGAUGAGAUGUGCGAAAACGCAAUCUGUAAUUGCAGCAUGACUUUUCCUUUCAGACACUGUCACCCCACUACUGGCUUUGUUAAAAUUGGAUUGAACACUUUUUUUGAACUUCUUAAAAUGGCUGGUUUUGAGUAAAAGGACUGACACUAUGUGACAGAAAAAAAAAGACAUUGCUGGGGCUUUAAACAUUUUGUUUAUGCUAGUAAGAUUUAUAAACACUGAAGAAAAGAUAAUCUGUAUUUUUGAGUUGUGAUGGACAAUGACAGUUGAAAAAGUGUAUUUUCUGUGUAAAGCUCAAACUCUUUGUCUAUAUGUGAAAAAUAAAGUUUAUAUGUCCAAAUAAACUCUGGAUUGAGGCUCCAAA